AUGGCAGCAACAAUAACACAACCCAGCGAUGGCACCUCCCCCUCGGACCCCAAAGUCGCAGCCUCAACCCUCGACUUCCUGCUCAUAGAACUCGUUCCCUUGGCCCAACGUAUAGCCGCCGACUUGCACGCCAGAGACACUGCCCUGCUGUCUUCCUCGCUAGAAAGAAAUGCGACUCUAAAUACCUCCACAACAGCGCAAUCCACACACCCCUCUUCCACAACAGAAAACCGCCAAAGUCUUAAGAGCACAGAAGCGCUAGGAGGAGGUGCUAACAGCACAACUACCGGCAUAACACACAAUGGCGACGAAGAAACAGACGAAGACCUACAAGACAGCCUCCAAGAAUCUGUUUUAUAUCGCUUAGACUCGCUGGGCUACCGUGUGGGUCUCGGUCUCGUUGAAAAACUCUCCCAAAACACACCUCGACCAACCACUUCUUUGGAUAUGAUUAAAUUCAUCUGUAAAGACUUGUGGCAGGUGGUUUUUCGCAAACAGAUUGAUAAUCUAAAAACAAAUCACAGAGGCACGUUUGUGUUGACGGAUAAUAAGUUUUUGGCGUUGGGGCGCAUGAGUGUGGAUAGAGGGAGAGGUGCAAAGGGAACUGAGGAGGCGUUGAGGAAGGCUCAACCGUUCCUCUACUUCCCUUGCGGUGUAAUCCGUGGCGCAUUAGCUGGGUUCGGUUUAUCUGUAUCUGUUCAAGCAGAAACCUCUGAACUGCCUCAAGCGGUGNNUUUCCAAAUCAGGACUGUAGGGUCAAAACCUUGA